GGUAGAGCUACAUUCACGAACACAGAUCACUGUCUGUACACACUUCGCACCUCUGGCUGCCUGCAGGAUUUUGUAUGUGUGUGUGAUGUCAGAGGUCAUAAAGGCCACGGGGAGGAUGUGUGAGUCAGGGUGUGUCUUAUGCAGAAAGACGGACAGUCAACGAUAGAGACGGAGGGGCGUGGAUGUGCUUUCAUUAUAAAAAUGGAUCCUUAAAAUGCAGAGAGAGCACAGCUGUCUUGGACUGCACUGGAAAUUUACAGGAAACAUCAAGAGCAGGGUUGUAAGGCUUAUAGACUACUUGUCAAGCUAAAUCCAUCAAUGGCCAGCUAUAAUGCCAUACUGAGUGAUGUAGAUUUGCAGUAUUUCGAGAAUAAUCAUGCUCACCGCACAGAGGAGAUGGAUGUGAAGCGCCUGCUGGUGCGCAGAGGUCAACCCUUCUCUGUCAUACUGCAGUGUACAGAGAUAAUCCCACAACUUCCAGACCACCAGAUCAACCUCAUACUACACCUGGGUAAGAAUAAUGAGGUGGUCCUGAAGGUGUCGAACUCAGCGCAGGAUCCUGGGAAAUGGUGGUUCAGUCAGCUUAACGCUCAGGGGGAGGUGAUGCUGACCCUCCACAGCCCUGCGGAUGCUCCUGUGGGUCUCUACAGCAUGACUGUGGUUCUGCUCUCUGCCGAUGGGGAGAUCCUGGAGCAAACCAGUCCUCAGACCUUCUACCUGCUGUUCAAUCCCUGGUGCAAAGAUGACUCUGUAUACCUUUCAAGCGAGGAGAUGCUCCAGGAGUACAUUUUAAAUGAAAACGGUAUCUUGUACCAGGGUGCAUGGGACGAUAUAACCACUGUGCCGUGGAACUUUGGACAGUUUGAAAAAGAUGUAGUGGAUAUUUGCUUCGAUGUGCUGGACAAUUCACCUGCAGCCCUGAAAAACUCAGAGAUGGACAUCAUCAACAGAGCAAGCCCUGUUUACGUUAGCAGGACAAUUACUGCCAUGGUGAAUGCCAAUGAUGACCGCGGGGUGGUAUCUGGGCGCUGGGAUGGAGAGUACAGUGAUGGAGUGGCCCCCACAAGGUGGACUGGCAGCGUGCCCAUCCUGAGGCGCUGGAGUGAUGAUGGAGCACAGAAAGUGCGCUAUGGCCAGUGCUGGGUGUUUACAGGAGUGGCCUGCACAGUACUGCGCUGUCUUGGCAUCCCAACCAGAUGUAUCACCAAUUACUCAUCUGCUCACGACACAGAUGCAAACAUUGCUGUGGAUUACCUUGUCAAUGAUCAGCUUGAAAGUGUGUCUGAAGGCAGGAAGGACACCAUUUGGAAUUACCACUGUUGGGUUGAAUCCUGGAUGAAACGUGAAGACCUCCCAGAAGGUUACGACGGUUGGCAGGUGCUCGAUCCAACUCCUCAAGAAAGGAGUGAUGGAAUUUUCUGCUGUGGGCCUUGUCCCGUCCGUGCAGUGAAGGAGGGAGAGGUGGGGUUGAAGUACGACACCCCAUUUGUGUUUUCUGAGGUGAACGCUGAUCUGAUUGUCUGGAUCGUUCAUCCAGAUGGGGAACGAUCAGAAGUGUCACAAAACAGUAAAAUUAUAGGGCGGAAGAUUAGCACUAAGAGUGUGUAUGGAGACUUCAGAGAGGACAUUACAGCCAACUACAAAUAUCCUGAAGGUUCAAUGAAGGAGCGAGAGGUUUACAAAAAGGCAGGACGGCAAGUGGGCCAAAAGAACGACAGCCCAGGCCAACUCGAGCUUUUCAUCAAGCAUGCCCCAGCUAUCCAUGGGACAGACUUUGACGUGAUCAUAGAGGUGUAUAACGCUGGCAGAGAGGACACCGAUGCACAACUCACAGUCACAUCGAACGCAAUAACCUACAACAGUAUCCACCGUGGAGAAUGCCAGAGAAAGACAACCUCUCUCACAGUGCCAGCUUACAAAGCUCAUAAAGAAGUAUUGAGACUUCAGUAUGAUCAUUAUGGAGCGUGUGUUUCCGAACACCACAUGAUAAGGGUCAUAGCCCUCCUCCAACCUAAUGACCAAGACAACCUGAUCCUGCAAGAAACCAACAUCCCCUUGAAAAUGCCAGCGCUUCAUGUCAAGAUUAUUGGCAAUGCAAUUGUAUCCCGUAAACUGACUGCGCAUAUCUCCUUCACCAAUCCCUUACCUGUUAAUCUUCAAGGGGGUGUGUUUACUGUGGAGGGAGCAGGACUAACAGAGGCCAGAGAAAUAAAAACACAUGGCAAGAUUGAAUCUGGGCAGACUGUGACCGUUAAAUUCUCCUUCAAACCCACCCGCGCUGGCCUGAGAAAAUUGCUCGUGGACUUUGACUCGGACAGACUGAGAGAUGUCAAGGGAGAAGCCUCUGUCAUUGUUCGGACAAGAAUGCGACAUGUGAAUGCGGUCCCAGAAAUUUAGUCAAGCAUGUACAGUUCAGAGAAGCGUACAUCAGAAUACUUCACUGUAAAUGUAGUUAAUGCAAUAUAUUUUACUUGAUGACAGCUAUUUUGCUUAUUACAUCAUUUGUUGGCUAUUUGUUUAUACGAGGAGUUUCCUUCAUGAUUACCUUAUGAUAUCAUUAUGAUAUUUUGGCAUGCUUUCUUUCAUGCAGACCUUGAAUAUAAGAACCACAAAAGCUAUUUUUGUAAAAUGUAUUAAAGUUAUGUGAAUACAGGCUUGCUUUUAUUAUAUAAAAUGUUAAUCUGAUUA